CAUCCAAAUCUUACGCCACCACCCAUUAACCCUAUUCAAAACCCCAUUUCACACCUCUGGAACCAGAUCAUCUCACCAACUCAAUCAAAAUAUCCAAUAUCUUGCCUCUUUGAAUUAUAUUCUUCUAUUUGGGGGCUUAUUCUAUCAGCUGAUCCUUUCUUGGCUGCUGAUUGAAGUUGAGAAGAUAACACUGAGAAGCUAUGAAGUGUUUUGGGUUGUCUUACCCCGAAAGAAAGGUUGAAGCACCAAAAACUCCAACAAAAUCGAUCUCAGUUCAGUCGUUCAGUUCGAUAUUUACAGAUCGUGAUGUGAGACGAUCUGGGUCGGGACUAAAUUCUCAAGAUGUGUCUGAUCUUAGCACAGAGUCGAUCAGAAGCACUACUUUUCCUAGUUUUUCACACCGUUCAAGUAAUCUUAGAGUGUUCACAUUUUCUGAGCUUAAGGCAGCUACCAAGAACUUUAGCCUAUCUGCAAAGAUUGGCGAAGGAGGGUUUGGGUGUGUCUACACGGGUGUGAUAAAAAAUCCUCGAGAUCCUACUAAACGGCUCAAUGUGGCUGUCAAACAGCUAGGCCGAACAGGAUUACAGGGGCAUAAAGAGUGGGUAACGGAGGUUAACGUUCUUGGGGUCGUUGAGCAUCCGAAUCUUGUGAAACUAGUUGGUUACUGUGCAGAAGACGACGAAAGGGGAAUACAACGGCUUCUAGUCUACGAAUAUAUGCCUAAUAGAAGCGUGGAGGAUCAUUUAUCUACAAGAUCCGAAGCACCUCUUUCUUGGACCAUGAGACUCAAAGUGGCUCAAGACGCUGCUCGUGGCUUGGCAUAUCUACACGAAGAAAUGGACUUUCAGAUUAUUUUCAGAGAUUUCAAAUCUUCCAACAUUCUUCUAGACGAUCAGUGGAAUGCCAAGCUUUCGGAUUUUGGGUUGGCUCGAUUAGGUCCGGAAGAAGGGCUCACCCAUGUCUCAACUGCGGUCGUAGGAACCAUGGGAUACGCGGCUCCAGAGUACAUCCAAACAGGGCAUCUCACGGCCAAAAGUGAUGUAUGGGGUUACGGGGUCUUCUUGUAUGAACUUAUCACGGGUAGACGGCCAUUGGACAAAAACCGCCCCAAAAACGAGCAGAAGCUUCUAGAAUGGGUGAAACCGUACCUAGACUCGAAAAAAUUCCGUCUAAUUAUCGAUUCAAGACUUGAAGGUAAGUACUCACUGAAGUCUGCACAAAAGUUGUCAAUGAUAGCGAAUAGAUGCUUGUCGAGAAACCCGAAGUCCAGGCCAAAGAUGACCGAGGUCCUGGAAAUGGUCAACCAACUCGUUGGUGGUGGUACGCCACACACAACCAGUCCUGGAACACCUCUCAAGAGUCUGGCCCCGAUGGUUGCUAUUGAACCAAAUAAAGUUUUCGUGGGUUCCAACCAGGGUGCAAAGUCUCCAGAGAACACGAAAAGGAAAGGCGAAAGAGGGUCUGCUGAUAUCCAACAUACAGAAUAUGCGUGUCUUUCUAGAGUCUGCCAUCCAAAGUGCUCGACGAUUUGUUGAUUUUUGAAGGAGUUUUGCAGUGUACGGUAGUAAAUGACGUUAUUGUCCCUAUCGACCAAUGUACAGAAACCGGAAGACCGUACUAUACUUUGAGUCCCGUGCUGUAGAAAACGCUGUGCGAGGUAAAGGACGAUUUCGUAAAAAAUAUCUAUAGGUUUUGUAUUUGCAUCUUUGGAUAGAAGUGAAGUGAACUUGUGUAGCCUUCCCCCACGGUACAUCGACAUGCAUCAUUUGGUUGUACAUUGAUCACGACGUGCAUCGUUUGGUUGUACAUUGAUCCCGGAAUGCGGUCCGGACCGAACCUGAACUGCAUUUCGUGGUCGUCUUCAUUAAGCUUGUGCAUAUUGGCAUCAAGAUUUGUUGCUACAUUGGUUGGCUGGAUAUUUUGUUUCAGCGUUCAUCCAUCAGGUGUACAUUUUAUCACAGGAAUGAAUGAGAAAUUCUUUGCAUUAUGUG